AUGCGAAGGAGAGGACAACCAGAAGAUUCUCCGUCGACAGAGUCUUCAACUACACCUCUCUCCUCCUCAGUAAAGAAGACAACACGCUGUACGUUGGUGCUCGGGAGAUUCUCUUUGCUCUCAACCUCACUGAUAUCAGCUCAGCCAAGCUACAAAGAAACCUCACGUGGGAAACUCCAGAGAGGAAGAGAGAAGAGUGCACGUUCAAAGGAAAAGACCCGAAGAAGGACUGCUUCAACUACAUCAAGAUUUUAUUACGUAUUAACAGCACCCAUCUGUACGUGUGUGGAACAUACGCCUUCAGCCCCACCUGUGCUUACAUAAACUCUGCAGACUUCUCUCUUGUCAAGAGUGAUACCGGUGAGAUAGUCACAGAAGAUGGACGAAGCCGCUGCCCGUUUAACCCUGAAUACAAGUCCACUGCAAUCAUGGCUGAUGGAGAGCUGUACGCUGGCACAGUCAGUAAUUUCCAAGGAAAUGAACCCAUCAUUUACAAGAGUCUGAGCCAAGGAACUGCUCUGAAAACUGAAAACUCACUCAACUGGCUUCAAGACCCGGCGUUUGUCGGCUCUGCCUACAUACAGGAGAGCCUGCCCAAGGGCAACCUAGUGGGUGAUGAUGAUAAGAUUUACUUCUUCUUCAGCGAAGCAGGAAAGGAGUUUGAUUUCUUUGACAACACCAUUGUGUCACGCAUUGCUCGCGUGUGUAAGGGCGACAUGGGAGGCGAGAGGGUUCUGCAGAAGAAAUGGACGACUUUCCUGAAGGCUCAGCUCUUGUGCUCUCUGCCUGAUGAUGGCUUCCCCUUUAACAUAAUCCAAGACAUGUUUGUGCUGACACCCAGCCCCGAGAACUGGAAGAACACUGUGUUUUAUGGAGUCUUCACAUCUCAGUGGUACAAAGGUGCUUCAGGAAGCUCUGCAGUGUGUUCCUUCACUAUGGACCAGGUGGAAAAGGCGUUCAAUGGGCGAUACCGUGAGGUCAACCGAGAAACUCAGCAGUGGUACACAUACAACCAUCCGGUCCCAGAGCCUCGGCCUGGAGUGUGUAUUACAAAUGCUGCCAGGGAGCAGGGCAUCUCCUCCUCGCUGCACAUGCCGGACAAGGUGCUGAAUUUUGUCAAAGACCACUUUCUGAUGGACAGCGUGAUCCGCAGCCAGCCUCUCCUGCUAAAACGCAAUGUGCGCUACACACAGAUUGCUGUCCAUCAAGUUAAGACAGCGAGAAAAGCGUAUAAUGUGCUCUUCAUUGGCACAGAUGAUGGGAGACUUCAUAAAGCCAUUAACGUUAACAACAAGAUGCACAUCAUCGAGGAGAUUGCGCUCUUCAAUGAUUCCCGACCAGUGCAACACAUUGAGCUGGACACUGAGAAGGGUCAGCUUUAUGUUUCCUCUUUCUCUGAACUGGUGGAGGUCCCAGUAGCUAACUGCGCUAAUUAUCAGAGUUGCGGGGAGUGCAUCCUCUCAAGGGAUCCUUACUGUGCCUGGAACGGGAGGCAGUGUGUGGAUGUCAGACAGGCUCCAACGAGCAAUGCAUGGCAGCAGGAUGUUGACAAAGCAGACACAUCAGCUAUUUGCAACAAGACAGUGCCAAGCCCACGGUUUGCUAAACCUCCAGCUACACGAAUGUCUUCGUGCCAGGUGAUCAUUAUCCCAGCCAACACGUUCAAAGUACUCCCCUGCAGCCUGCGCUCUAAUUUGGCUGAAAGGAGGUGGGAGUUCAGUGAGAGCGCGGGUCACUUCCAUUACCCCAGCCCAGAGGGGGGGUUAGUGGUGGUAGCUCAAGCUGACAGACAGGAAACCUAUGAGUGCUGGUCAGUGGAAGAAGGCUUCAGACAGCUGCUGGCAAACUACUGUGUGCGGGGCGAGGCCAAGCACGAGAGCACCACCCUGACAGGCCGUUCACGUACACCACUGGUCUCCCAGGAGGAGUUUAUCAUCCUGCCAGGAGAGGCCCGCUCACCACAGAUCAACACUAAGACCUACUGGAACGAACUGAUAGUGGUGUGCGCCCUGCUGGCGUUUUCCCUGGUGGUCUUCUCUCUGUUUGUGGUCUACAGGAACCGCGACCACAUGAAAUCCAUGCUCAAGGAGGGAGAGUGCCCCAACAUGCAGCAGAAGAAGCCCAGAAUAGUGGGGAAACCGGCUGAGAACUUGCCGCUAAACGGCAACACAGUCACAGCGUCGGCGUCAGAUCACAAGGGCUACCAGACCCUUAACGACAACUACAUCUGCAGCACUCCACCGCAUGAGUGCUCGUCGCCUGACAACAGCAAGAGCUUCUCAGAGUCUGAGAAGAGGCCUCUGAACUUAAGAGAGAGCCACGUAGAGAUUUCUCCCACAUGCCCACGGCCACGAGUCAGACUGGGCUCCGAGAUUAAAGACUCAAUAGUGUGAGGCCGGCUUCAUGUUGUGUGGAGUUUUAAACUGAAAGCAAUGAGUGCACUUGCUGAGAGAGACAAACCCCUGUAAGGGGGAAAACUGAGGAUCAUCAGACUCUUCAUGGAGAGACAUUUCAUUACACAGAUUUUGCACUUUUUUUUAUUCUGUCCCUGUGGUCCAUGUUCAUUUCAUUUUGUUUCCCCUUCACUCCCCCUUUAUUCAAGUGCAUUUGGUGCACGCUGAAGAAGUUCCAGUUUGCCUUCAGACUUUUGAUGCUUUCACGUACGGCUCACAGGAAUGUAACAAACGUAGAGGUGGUGUCACAACUUUGAUUCAGUGAUUGAAUCUCAGGCCCUGUUUACACCUGGUAUUAACAUGUGUCCUGGGUGAUUGAAACACAAGCGGACAGCUCUAAGUACAGCUGUGAAUGUAUCACAGGCGUCCUCAAUGCAUAUUGAGAUUUGAUCGCUCAGACCAUAUUCUGAGUUGGUCUGAUCCACAUGUGGCCAUAUUCUUUCAGCAGUGUAUAAGCUAAUGUUGCCUAGAACACAUUAGACUGCCUGCUCGGAUGACAUCCUCGCUUAUCUGACACCCCACCAGAUAUCAAACUUUUGUUGGUGCAGUUGCACAAAUGCAGAACUAAAGGACCGUCCCUGAUGCCACUCUGCUCCAGACGAACAGCCAGUUCAACAUCUGUCCGGUUAGCAUGUACUAAUACAGCAGCAGCAGCUGUUAAACAGUCCCAAAAAACGUACACUGACAGUGAAACAGCUAAAUUCUGUCGCCAAACUUGUUAAUAAUUGUUAGAUAACAUUAGCCAUGUGAUGCUAACAGUUAGCCCUGUCUCUGGCUGCAUGGCUGUGUGGACUCCUACUUACUGUCCCCAGCAUGGAGCUCACACUACUGCAACAGUAGUCUCAUGAUAAACACAGAAAGAGAGUAAGGACUGGCUGCAAAUCAAUCAUAGACUAUAAAAAUAAUGGACCUAGCUACCAUGACAUAAUCCACUGGCAUGUGGACUCUUAUUUUGAAGCCUCAAAUUUGGCAUUUUGACUGACGCCAUCUUGGUUUGGAGCCAGUAGUGACCAUAUUUGGGCAAGAGGCGGGUGCUGUAGAGGAGCGAGGGGUAGAUCUGACUGAGAACUCGAGGACACUUUUGACAGACAGCCUGUCAUUUAAAGCAACACACCCUUAAUUAUGUGUAAAUUUUAGCCUUAAUGAAAUGUUAACAGAUAAGUUAUAUAGAAAUUAACCCCUGUACAGUUACCAUAAAUGGGAAAAUUAGAGACUAAAACCAUAUUUGUACCAGGCUGUAAACACAUUUAUUUCUGCUGUUAAGUUGGGCAUGUUAACAUGGAGCUCUAUGGGGACUGACUGGCUUCUAGAGCCAGUCUCAAGUGGCCGUUAAAAGAACUGCAGUUUAUAGCACUUCCGUAUUGGCUUCAUUUUUCAACCCUCACACUUAAAAUCAGUGCUCGCCAGUGCGCACGGCCCAAUUAAAUAAGAUUUUACGCAUUUUAAACGUUAAAGGCUUUAAGUGUGUGUAAAGCACACUGCCGGAUAAAAACAGUGACGCAUUUGGUCUUUGCAGAUGGAUAUGAUUUGCAAGUUUAUUUGCAAUUGGAGCAGGGAAGUGAGAUCUGAUCACAAGUGGUCAUUUGAGACACAUGUGGAGACACAUUCUAACACCACGUGUGAACAGAAAGACAUAGUGCUGUCUACUUGUGAUCAGGUCACCCAAGACGAAUGAAAAUAUCAGGUGUAAACAGGCUCUCAAAGCAUUACCACUCAGUCCGUCCAUAUAAUAUACUGGUAAUGCUCUGAAAGGCGCAGUGAUAUUCAAACAUGUUCCCACUAACUGCUUACAGUGUUUGCUGUCUUAUUUUCAUUCUAUCAUCUGGUAAGAGCCUACCCUUCGCUGAGGCUAUGCACUAUGUACUGUACUGUAGCAAGGUAAACCCUCACACCACAAUACACACUUAGAAUCCAGUGGCAGGCGAGACAGGACGAAAAAAGUCCUGUCAUAGAUUUUUUUUUUUUUUUUAGAUAGCCAGUGGGCAUUCACAGAAGUAUACUCAUUGUUUAGGCUUGAAUAUAACAGCGACGUGGACAGAAUUAAGAGACGAAGAGUUGUGCUAAGAGACUGAAAAGGUUGAUCAAAAUUUAUGAAGUGGAAGAAAACACAAACAAGGAAUCACCUCAGUGGAAAUGUUGUAGAAACUCUUACCACCUCAGUCACUACACACCAAAAACAUGAAUAUUGUAGAGUGAGAAAUGAAAACACGUUUUUAAGUAUUGGUAUUAUUAGUGAAACCUGACUUUCAACAGGGUUUUCUUUCACCAAAUGUGAUAAAGGGGGAAAAAAAAGUCUCAUUCCAGGUAUUAUCAUGCUGUUCUUCAUGAGAUAGGCAGUCUAUGCAAAGCAAAUAAUGUGAAGUGGGGUAAACACCGAGAAAAACCUCACCUCAAGACUGAGUAAGCACAAAGGUGUUGGCGCUGUUAAUUACUUUAGGAUCAGUGGCACUGCAAACACACACACACACACACACACCCACGCACACUCACUCUCAUUACACCAACUAAGUAUGCAAGAGAUUUUAGCCAUUUUGGUGUAUUUUAGUGCGGCCGAAUGUUUCUGUUACAGAGACAUCUUUCAUAGUCUUUAAUGUUAUAAAUAUCUAUCACUAUUCUCGAAGUGAAAUAAUAAUAAAUAUUUAAAUACUACACCUAUUCAUAAUCCGAUUUAAAUAACACACAUCUGUAUAGCCUCAACUUUGAUAUACAUAUUAAUUGAUGAGUGUUGAUGAGUAGAAGAAAACGCCCUCUGCUUGCUUAAGUGGUUUUAAAGGCAACCAUAAAAGCAAUAAUUUCCAUUCUUAUCCAGAUUGUGUUCCUCAUUCAGAAAUAAUGAAUUAUGAACCAUGCGAUCCACCAGAUUUGUGAGUCAGAUGUUGGAGUAACUUGAAAGCAUUUUUUAUAUGAUAUUAUUUAAGUCUUACUUGAGUUUGGCUCUAGUAUUGUAAUGAGGCCAGCAAAAAUAAGAAUCCACUAAAACGCAGGAAGGCGUACUGUUUGACUCAGAAUGCAUAGGAUUUGCACAUGAUGUUGAAAAGCCUUAGUAUAAUGCAGGUUAUGGAUUUGAUGACAAAUCUGAAACGGAUAAUGCCUUCUGAAAAUAAUAAUCAAGAGAUGUGCCUCUUGGGAUAAUAAACUAACCAGGUAGUAGUGCUGUAGAGUGAAAUGCGACACUGUAGGUGUGACAGGACUGGCCAUGCUCAGAGACAAGAGUGAAAACGUGUGAUGUAAUACUGUCAGCGUUGUACAGUAUGUGCUCAUGAGGUGUCUUUUUUAAUUUAAUUACUUUGUCACGGUGGCUUCAACCUUAGUCAGGGACUAAAUUUUAUUCUGAAAACUGUAGCACAUGAAUAACCACUGGCUGAUUUUAAAGUACUGAACUAUAGAUAAGCAUUAGUAUUAUGUUACAUUUCUUGUAAAUGGCACUGCAAAAAUGACUCUGUGUGAAUUUAAAAGACUGGUCGGCUAUAAUCAAUCAUGCAGUAUGAACGAUUCAUGCUUUGACUGUUACUAAAAACAAACUAACGGCAGCUUUUGGUGAAGUGGCUGUCAUCAGAACAAUAUUAAAAUUGCAGAACAAAUAUAAAAGUGGCAGUUAAUUAGUAAAACACAUGCAGGUACUGAACAUGCUUCUCUUUGAGUACAAGCCUAAACUAUUAAUGCCACAGUGAAAGUAUCGUCGUCUGCUCUCUCUUAACGAACCACUAUAGUCUGGCCUUCUAUUUGUGACAGUACAAGUUGCUCAGACUCUUGUCGACAUGUAAGUAAAAAAAAGAAGGAAAAAAAAAGAGUUUUUAUGUAAAAUUGUUUUGUAAAUUCAGCUGCCAAUGUAAAAAUAUUGUGAAUUGUAUUUUUUUGUAUCAUACAUCACUACUGUUUGUUUUUUUUUCUUUUUUGUAUUGUAUAUAAAAAGCACUUUAUUUUAAUUUUUCAAAUAAAGAUCAA